AUGCAUGCAACUGUAGAAUUGCCUACCAGACUCGCGCAUCGUCUCAAGGACCUAUCUACAUUGCCAGAGUCUGUGCGGCAUAAUGACAGCGUCGGGCGUGUCAAGCAGUGGUAUGAGAAGAGUUUUGGUGAAUUGGCAGUCUUUGCGGACCUCUGGAAGGAUAAGCAGAGCGAUGCCAUCACUAUACAAGAAUGGACAAAACUGACGGAUGUGCUCAAAACAAUUGCGAAACGGCAUCAGCCUGUUGCGACGACCCUGGCAGAGGGCUUUCACAGGCAUAUUGCAACACAUCCAGAGAAUGACGCGCGGGAUGAUUCACUGCAGGAGUUUUUGGAUCGAUUUCACCUGUCACGGAUAGGCAUGCGCACAACAUCAACACAGCAUUUGACGCUGCUCGGCCAAACAGCAGCCGUCACACAACGGAGAGAUGGCUACUGUGGUAUUAUUGAACACGAGAUGAACAUUCCACAAGUCUUGCAAAAGGCAGCUGCUGAUGCACGUCAAGUGUGUGUAGACUAUUACGGCAUCUCUACAGCACCGCAAGUCCAGAUGGAUCUGCCUGACAACCUGGCCGUUACUUAUAUUCCGGGCUACCUAUGGCAUAUCGCAUUUGAAAUUCUAAAAAACAGCAUGCGCGCGAUUGUCGAGACAUUCGAAGAACCGUACGCGCCCAUCGCCAUUUCUCUCAUUGACGACGCAGACAAUGUUGUCAUCAAAAUCAGUGAUCAAGGCGGCGGCAUUCCAGCCAAACAAGCAGAUCUCGUCUGGCGCUACAUGUACACGACGGCAAACUCUCCUUACUCACCCUCGGAAGCAGAAGAACAGAUUGAGAAUGCAGCGGAGCGCGCAAUCAUGGCAGGCUUUGGCUAUGGUCUACCUAUUUCCAGACUGUAUGCCAAGUUUUGCGGCGGUACAGUGACUUUGCAAAAUCACGAGAGCAGAGGGGUCGAUUGCAUGAUUAUCUUGCCGAAAGUGUGUAAGGAUCAAGAGGCGUAG